CAACGUUUGUGUGAGCAGCUCAGCAGCUGAAGGGACCGGAGUGGAGAGACUUCUGGCAUGAGUAUGAUUGGAGUGCCAACGGGGAGCAGCGAGAGGACGGGACGGUGGGAAUGCAGACAGGGUCAGAUGAUGUAGUUCACAUGAUACUGGGUGUGGCCACAGGGUCAGAAGGUGUAACCAGAGGGUCAGAGGGCAGUGUGGUCCUGGGUCUAACAGUGAGUGUUAGCGGGGAGAGUUCUCUGGAGAUGGAUCCCGGUCUCCUGGAGGGCUCAGUCCUGACUGAGCAGCAGAAGCUACGCCAUGUGUUAGACUGGGCUAAGAAUUUCCUCGGGACCAGUCAGGAUGGGCACAAUCUCAGCAGAACCUCCCCUUCCUCCCCGCAUUUGCACUCUACUUCAGCAGCGCAUCGAUUCGAGGUCGGUGGAAGAGCUGCUGUCUCCCCCCGUGGAACCUUUCACAAUCUUGUCAGAAGCAGAAAUGUGAGAGAAAACAUGGUAGGCCAAUCAGAGCCUCUGACCAGGCUUCCAUACACCACCCCACUGCCCUGCCACACUCUCUCCCACACCCCAGGUGGCCGUGAGUUUUCUGGGCCUGAGUUUAAAGAGAAUCCUGGGCAUAAGGAGCUGGUCCUGUUCUCUGGGCCACAAGAGGAUAACAAUGACCAACCACGUUUCCUUGGUGUAGACAACCCUCAGGCAGACCAGACUCCCCACAAACCAAUAGCUCCUCAUCCUGAGGGGAGAGAUGGUGUUUCCAUCAGUGAGAGCCUAAGAGACAGAGACAGUAGCAUUACAAACUGUUGCUCCUCAGUGGACAGUGACACUAUCCUAUGGUUGCCUGGAUAUGGUCCUUUAUCCAGAGCCCAUGACCUCAUAUCAAGGGAAAGGGGUUGUGUAGAGAGAGAGGACAGAGUUUUGGGAAUGCAGGAACACAAAGAGGAGAAGGCGGUGGCGGAGGAGGACCCAAAAACAGGCCUUGAGGGAACCAGUAGUAUUAUACCUUAUGGAUCCUCUAGGGUCGCACUAGAGGGUGAACAUCUAGAUUGGGGAGCCAACGGCUGGGUGUCAGAGGGCCUGAGUGUGUAUGAGGAGUAUCUGCUGUGUGUGUCCCGUUUGGACCAUCUCAGAACAGAGCAGAACCAAGCACCUGCUGACGUCAUGACCCGACCUGCUGACGUCAUGACCCUGCCUGCUGACGUCAUGACCCGACCUGCUGACGUCAUGACCCUGCCUGCUGACGUCAUGACCCUACCUGCUGACGUCAUGACCCUGCCUGCUGACGUCAUGACCCGACCUGCUGACGUCAUGACCCUACCUGCUGACGUCAUGACCCUACCUGCUGACGUCAUGACCCGACCUGCUGACGUCAUGACCCUACCUGCUGACGUCAUGACCCUACCUGCUGACGUCAUGACCCUACCUGCUGACGUCAUGACCCGACCUGCUGACGUCAUGACCCUACCUGCUGACCAAAUGGCUGAUCCCUCCGAGCAACCUCAUGUCCAUCAGGACAUCCACAACGAGGGGAGGCGUGCACCAUUCAAGAGUUCAGAAGUGAAUAACAGUAGAGUGAUGCAGCCCAAGAGCAGCGGAGGUCAACCUGGUGUCAGGAGUCAGGCUUGUGUCAGAGGUCGCGGUCGUUCCUGGAGGUUCUGGGAAAGGUCAAGCCUCUCCUGGUCAUCCUUCACUCAUGGAGAAGUGCUGCCACGGUCCCAGCUCCCCAACAGACCCCACUCAGCAGGUGUAUUGUCCUGUUCUGGACUCAGACCACCAACAACACUUCAGCUCCCUCUGGGCAGUGCUGUGAAUACCAAUGCAACUAAUAUUGCUGUGACCAGGGCUCUCAAACUGGCACCUGUAGGGGGCUGUGUACAGUGGCUGUCUCUCCCUGAUGAGGUAUGGGUAUCCAUACUGUCCCUCCUGCCACACAGAGAUCUGUCUACAGUGGCCCAGGUCUGCCUCCACUUGCUCCGACUGGCCAAUGACCACACACUAUGGCAGGUUGUUAGUGUGGAGAACAGCUCAUCUUUAACUGACCGAUGGCUGCGCAGUGUGGGUGUGCGUAAUCCUCGAAGCCUGACUAUCUACAGGUGCAGCGGACUGUCAAUCACCCCGAGCGGGCUAGAGGAGUUUUUCAAACUAAGUCAAGCUUCUCUGGAGGUGCUGAGUGUGACAAGCUGCAAUGGGCCUGGUCUCCAUGGUGACCUGGUGCUGACUCUGAGUGGUCAACACUGUGAUCACAUGACCUGUGUGGACGUCAGCUGGAGCGGAGCGACUGACACAGGCAUCAAAGCACUGACUGACACCUGCACUGGUCUGAAGGUGAGUGAUCAGACAGUUCAUCAGGUCCUCCUGCAGUGCCCUGAACUCCAGAGGCUGACCCUCAGCUCCUGCCCUGGAGUCACUGAUAUGAGCCUGCACAAGAUCAGCACCCACGCUCCCCACAUCAGGUUGUUGGAUCUAAGUGGUUGCGGUAAGGUGAGUGAUGCUGGUGUUAAGGCUGUAGCUGUGGCCUGUAGAUGCCUGCAGUACCUGGACCUGAGCUCCACCGCCACAGGGAACAGAGGGGUGAGCCUGUUGGCAAAGUACUGCAGCACUCAUCUCCACACUGUCAAACUGAGCUUCUGCCAGAUCAGCCCAGAGGCCAUCCACAACCUCAGCAGGCAGUGCAAACGGGUGAGCCUGUUGGCAAAGUACUGCAGCACUCAUCUCCACACUGUCAAACUGAGCUUCUGCCAGAUCAGCCCAGAGGCCAUCCACAACCUCAGCAGGCAGUGCAAACGUUUGAAGCUACUGCACCUCUACGGCUGUGCUUACAUCCCUACUGAGAAGGAGAUCAGAGACAUCAACACCACUCUUACACUCAACCCGCUGACUUGA